AUGUCAAAGAACGGGCACAAAUCAAAGCAAGAAGAGGCACUCGAGUUUCUCGACAAUCUCGACAAUCUCGAUCAGCCUCCGCCGUCCACAAACGAGCCAACUGCGGCUGGCGGGACUGGCGGUGAGGCGGACGUGCUCGCGUUCAUUGACGAGAUCACCGCCAAGAGCGCCGAACCGACGCGCACGCACAUCGAGCGCGCCCCCUCGCGCGCCGGCACACCCGGCCCCGCCGGUCUGAGGAAGAGCACGGAGCGCGUCAAAGUCGGCGGUCUGCCUGCUAGCAAAGGUCUUUCGCCUUCCCCAUCCGUCUCUCGUCUGCCCGAUUCAUCUCCCUCCGCGCCUUCUGCCGCCACAAAGAACGCCGGCGGCAGCGGCGGCGGAUGGGGCUGGGGCAGCGUCUGGUCGACGGCGAGCACGGCUCUCCAGCAGGCCCGCAGUGUCGUCGACGAGCAGGUAAAGAACCUGCCGGCGCCCGAGCAGGCGGCCAAAUGGCGCGAGGGCGUGUUGGAGUACGCAAAGAACGCGAAGCUCGAUCAGCUCGGCGCUGCACGUCUCGAGGAACUGCGCCGUGUUGGCUUGAAUGCUUUCACGGAUAUCCUCAACACCGUUGCACCCCCCAUCUCGGAACACGAGGUAUUGAAAGUGUGGCUCAGCCAUGACUUGCAAGGAUACGAUGGGAUCGAGAGCCUUGUCUACAAAUCGCUUGCGCGCGUAAUGGAGCAGGUCGAAGGCGGCGAUCUCAUCGUCAACAAGGGCGGUGAGACUAAGCCCAGGGAAGACGCGGCAGAUAGCGGCAAGCGCGAUAUGCACGCUGUCGAGGGGCUCGAAGCGGCACUGAAGCUCGCACAGACGGAUAUCGAAGACUGUGUCAAAUCAAACAAAGCGCCCGAGUCUGCACCUGCGCCCUCUGCACAAAAUCCUACUACAACUGUAUAUGUCUAUCUCCGCAUUCAACCGUACACGACGACGGUCACCCUUCCCGCUGCAUCCACGCCCGCAUCUUCGGAGUCGAAGACCAUCACGAACCUACAGUUCUUGCUCUAUCUCAAUGACCCUGCGCAUUCCUUGACACACACAACUAUCACCCAGGCCGUUCCAGGCGCAUGGCUGGACGUAUGGGACGAAUUCGACUGGGUCGAGGACCUUGUGGCGGAAGCACUCCGCGUGGGUGUAGAGGUUGUCGGACAGGAGUAUAUUGUCGCACGUAUGGGCUGGAUGAACCCUAAACAGGACGAUGCUGACGAAGAGACGCCUGAGGUCCAAGUGACCUCGCCUCCUCCAGUUUGA